UUAGGCACAUGUAGAACACUGUGCUGUCCCGUCCAACAACAAUUUGUAGGAUAUAUAUGGAACCUGAUUCAAUUUUUAUAUUUAAUUCUCGAACACAUACCCUCAAAAUUUAACAUCAAAAAUCUCUUAAAAAUGGUCACUUUUUGGUCUAAGCAUUAUCGUUAAUUCCCUCCUCUUCGACCUCCUCAAUCACCAUCAUCGUUGUCGUCCCACCAACCAGAACUGCGAGUGGCGGCGAUGUGGCGGCGUGUGUCGAAACUGUCUGACUGGAAUUGGGGUGUCAGAGGUUUCAAUUUCUCUAUGGUUGAUUAUGAAGUCGGAUCCUGUGUGGCUAGAAAUGGUAUUGGUCGGAGUUUAUUUGGUGGCCAUGUAUCUGGAUCUUUGCCGAUGAUGUAUGCAACUAGCUGUGCCAAGCUUUCAGAAGAUCAGCAGAACAACAACCCUGUCUCUGAUAUGUUGAUUGAUUCAUUUGGAAGGAUGCAUACUUACCUGAGGAUCUCCUUAACAGAACGUUGCAAUCUGCGAUGUCAGUAUUGUAUGCCAGCUGAGGGUGUGGAGCUCACUCCCAACCCUCAGUUACUGACCCAGAAUGAGAUUGUUCGCUUGGCCAGCCUCUUUGUCAGUUCUGGAGUUGAUAAAAUUCGUCUAACUGGUGGUGAGCCAACCGUUAGGAAAAAUAUUGAAGAUAUAUGCUAUGAGUUGUCUAACUUGAAAGGACUCAAGACACUGGCCAUCACUACCAACGGAAUUACUCUUGCUAGAAAACUUCCUAAGUUGAGAGAAUGUGGACUUACUUCCAUAAAUAUCAGCUUAGACACGUUGGUACCUGCAAAAUUUGAGUUUUUGACCAGACGUAAAGGCCAUGAAAGGGUCAUGGACUCAAUUUCUGCUGCUAUAGACCUGGGGUACGAUCCUGUAAAAGUGAAUUGUGUCGUAAUGCGGGGCUUUAAUGAUGAUGAGGUCUGUGAUUUUGUUGAGUUGACACGUGACAAACCAGUUAACAUUCGUUUCAUUGAGUUCAUGCCUUUUGAUGGAAAUGUCUGGAACGUGAAGAAGCUUGUUCCCUAUGCAGAAAUGUUGGAUAUCGUGGUGAAACAGUUCCCGGGCAUAAAGAGACUGAAUGACCACCCAACAGAGACAGCCAAGAAUUUCAAGAUAGAAGGGCAUCGGGGUACUGUUUCUUUCAUCACAUCGAUGACCGAGCAUUUUUGUGCUGGUUGCAAUAGAUUGCGUCUUCUUGCUGAUGGGAACUUCAAGGUGUGCCUAUUUGGCCCUUCAGAGGUUAGCUUAAGAGAUCCCCUCCGCCGUGGUGCUGAUGAACAUGAGCUUAGGGAAAUAAUUGGUGCAGCGGUCAAGAGGAAGAAAGCUGCACAUGCUGGAAUGUUUGACCUUGCAAAGACAGCAAAUAGACCUAUGAUACAUAUUGGCGGCUAGGGUCCUAAUCCUAAAGCUUGGUUUACUGGAUAAUUGAUAACUCAUCAACACCUGAUUCAUCGUCUUCUUCUAUUGAUUUCACUACGGUGAAGACAAGAUUAGCCGCCCGCGCUAAAGGCAUACAAGAUCAAAGCAAUACAUUCACUAAGGAUUUUUUUUUUAAAUUAUGUCAGAUUGUGUGGGAGAUGAGGUCUGUUUACUUACAUAGACCAUGACAGAUAACAUAAUCCUUUGCAAUUUUGUACUACUUUACAGUGUAAUUGUAGUUGUUGUGGUUAUGGAUACAAGAAAGCUUAUACAUAAGGAUUGAAAAUGUAUACAUUCUGGAUGUAUUAUUGAUGCAAGACCAUUGUUGGAUUGACAAAGAUUGUACA